AUGGCGGAGGAUGCUUCCUCAUCUCCUGCUAUUCCAGACCCCAAUUCCUUCAAAACUGAAUCCCUUAACCAUAACAAUAAUAAUCCAACACCCCAACAUGAUGCCACAAUCACAUCAACACCGGUGAUAACCUCCUACGCGCCGCCUCCUCAGCUGGCUCCCUCCUUCCGUCCAGUUGCUGUUCCUCCUGCUGGAGCACAAUUUUAUCAAAACCCUAGCGUUGGUGUUCCCCACAUGAUGCCGCCGUAUCAGGUUCAGCCAGGUGUUCAGGUUCCGAGACCACCCUACUCACACAUUCCCAACGGUUAUCAAGGGAAUAUCGCUCCCCCACCUGGAAUUCUGCGCUACCCCUCCCCGUAUCCAGCAAUGGUUCGGCCCUUAUUUCCUCCACGCCCUCCUGGAGCACUUGGUGUGGCUCCAGUAGUGCCUCGACCCCUUGUUCCUGGGAUUCCCGGUGUUCGCCCAGUUAUCUCCCCAAUUAUCAGGCCAGUAGUUCCUUCUGUGACACCAGCGGAGAAACCACAAACCACAGUUUAUGUUGGCAAGAUAGCACCAUCUGUGGAAAAUGAUUUUAUGAUGUCUCUCCUUCAGUUUUGUGGACCUGUCAAGAGUUGGAAACGUCCUCAAGAUCCUGCUAAUGGAACUCCUAGAGGUUUCGGGUUUUGUGAAUUCGAAUCUGCUGAAGGAGUUCUCCGAGCAUUACGACUGCUGACUAAAUUUAACAUUGAUGGGCAAGAACUAAUGUUAAAUGUUAAUCAAGCAACUAAAGAAUAUCUGGAGCGGUAUGUUGAAAAGAAAACUGAAAACUCGAAGAAUUUCAAAGAGACUCAAGCUGCUGGGAUUGACAAGGUUAAUGGGACAGGCAUUGAUGAUGAGAAGGGCGAACCUCCAAAAUCCUCUGUCGAGGACUCAAACGAUGAUAGUGACAAAGGGAACAAAGAAAAUCGUGACGUUUCUAACUUUGGUAUUGUGAAUGAUGAAGACAAGGAAGGUGACCGUGAGGCUUUAGAGAAGCUUACUAGCAUGAUAGAAGAGAGGUUAAAGACUAAACCUCUGCCUCCCCCUCCACCACCUUCACAAGCACCUGUAGAUGGUUCUGGGAAUUCAAACUUGGAAUUGCCAUCUAAAUCGAGAGAUGGUGACGUUGAUGUGGACAUAACGAGAAGUCAUGCAGUUGAAGGUAAAAAUGAUGAGACAACUAGUGACAAUAAAGCUGGAGGCGAACAGGACAAGCCUGAAACGAGCUCCCCCGAUAGGAGUAGAGCGUAUGACCGGAGAAGCAGAGAUAGAGACAGAGAACGAGAUCUAAAACGGGAAAAAGAACGAGAGAUUGAAAGAUAUGAAAGGGAAACAGAACGAGAGCGAGUUAGGAAAGAGAGGGAGCACAGAAGGAAGAUUGAGGAGGCUGAGCGCGAGUAUGAAGAACGCCUCAAAGAUUGGGAGUAUAGGGAGAGAGAGAAGGAGAAACAGAGGCAGUAUGAGAAGGAGAGGGAUAAAGAAAGAGAACGCAAACGAAGGAAGGAGAUUCUUCACGACGAGGAAGAUGAAGAUGAUGAUUCGAGAAAAAGGUGGCAUAGAAGUGAUAGGCGAAGGAAGAGGCUACGGGAGAAGGAGGAUGACUUGGCUGACAGGCUCAACGAAGAGGAAGAAAUCACCAAGUCCAAGAGGAGAGAUGAGGAAGAAAGGCUUCAGGAGAAAGAGAGAGAUGGAUUGAAACUCUUGCCUGGGCAUGUCAUGAAUGGAAGUGAAAUAACGGAUCUGCCUGAAGGACCUAGUGCUGAAAGUAAAGAGAAGGCUGUUGAAAAAGAUUAUGAUGGUGAUUCUGGUAAUGAAAACCAUACAGGUGAUGGGGUUUUACAAAAUGGCACUGGUGAUGAAUCAAACAUGGCAUCAAUGGCUGAACCAGAUACUCGCAGUGGUAGUGCUCCCGCAAGAAAGUUGGGCUUUGGUUUAGUUGGCUCUGGAAAACGAGCUGCUGUCCCGUCUGUUUUCCAUGAAGAGGAUGAUGAUGAUGCACAUAAGGAGAAAAAGAUGAGGCCACUGGUUCCCAUUGAUUAUUCAACCGAGGAGCUGCAGGCUGUCCAACCUGCUGUUUCUGGAGCACAGCCACCAAAUCUUGUUGCUGCUGCAGAAUUUGCGAAGCGUAUAUCAAAUGUUACUCCCAAAGAGGAGAAGCCUGAUGUAGAACGAGAAAGAAGCAGACGCUCUCAUGAUAGGUCAAACCAACGGGAUAGGGACCAUAGUGAGGAUGACAUCAAUCGAAACAGAGAUGAUAACAAAGAAAAAGUUCCUGAGUGGGACAGGGACCGGAACCGAGAGCAUGGAAUGGAUAAAGUCAAGACGCCAGAUAAACAGAAGCUUUUGGAUGCGAAGCAAUUGAUUGAUAUGAUACCAAAAACCAAGGAGGAGCUAUUCUCAUAUGAGAUAAAUUGGGUUGUGUAUGACAAGCAUGAGCUUCAUGAGAGAAUGAGGCCUUGGAUAUCAAAGAAGAUUACAGAGUUUUUGGGAGAAGAAGAAACCACAUUGGUGGAUUACAUUGUAUCGAGUACUCAAGACCAUGUGAAGGCAUCCCAAAUGUUGGAGAUGCUUCAGGCUAUAUUAGACGACGAGGCUGAAAUGUUUGUCCUCAAGAUGUGGAGGAUGCUCAUCUUUGAAAUUAAGAAAGUGGAAACUGGUCUUUCUCUGAGGUCAAAAUCAUGA